AAGAAGAAAUGGAAUGUCUUGUGGUAGAAAAAUAAUCGAGUUUUAUGAGUUUAAUAUUAUUAGUAUCAAAGUCUUAAACUCAGUUUUCCCAUUAAUAUUGAACGCAACUUUACCUUACCGGCCAGCGUCAGAAACAGCAUUUUGUUGACGUCACGUGUUGUGAGCUUUUCGCGGGAUAUGAAGGCCUGGCUGUCUCUGAAGGUAUGACAGUUAUCUAAAAUUUGAAACAACAAUGCCUCCCAAGAAAAGAGCCCGAGUGAGUAAAAGAUCUCCAAAAUCAGGCAAAAUCGAUGACAGUGAGGGGACUUCUGCAGCCGACAGGAAGAGGAAAGCUGCAGCUCCUGUUGCGAAAGCUGGAGAGGCCUCUGAGUCUGCGGGACCUCCGGUGUUCACCCACUGGCUGAUGAAGUCGGAGCCCGAGAGCCGCUUUGAAAACGGCAUUGACGUGAAGUUCGGCAUCGAGGACCUGAAGGCCCUGCCCGAUCAGACCGGCUGCUGGGACGGCGUCCGCAACUAUCAGGCGCGGAACUUCAUGAGGCAGAUGAAAGAGGGACAGCGGGCGUUCUUCUAUCACAGCAACUGUAAGGAGCCCGGGGUCGCAGGGAUCAUGAAAAUUGUGAAGGAGGCCUAUGUGGACCACACUCAGUUCGACAAGAAAGACGUCCACUACGACGCGAGCAGCAAGCCAGACAGCCCCAAGUGGAGCAUGGUAGACGUCCAGUUUCAAAGAAGGAUGAAGAGGUUUCUUCCUCUUUCGGAGCUGAAGAAGUACCACCUCCAGCACCGUGCCAACGGAGGACCUCUGAAGGACGUGGCUCUGUUCACCAGGGCCAGGCUCUCCGUUCAGCCCCUCACCUCAGAAGAGUUUGACUUCAUCUUGAGUCUGGAGGACAAGGAGCCGCUGUGAAGAUCGUGGGACCUCGACGCGCAGUGACAUCCUUGGCCGUGAAAUGUACCAGUUGGAAAAAAAAGAUUUUAUGGUGUAGAACUAUAAAUUUGUUUCUUAUGGCCCAAGUUUACCUUUUUGGAGCUUUUUUUGCAGGAAUGAGUUGUAUAAUAGAAGU